UAAAGUCAGCGCGCGCGCGCUGCGCCCCACAACGCCUCCUUCGGUUCCGAAUUCUGCUCUUCGUUGCGUGUCUGUCUCCGCACCCGUACCGCUGCGCUCGCCAUGGACCCUAACUGCUCUUGCGCUACUGAAGGACCCUGCGCCUGCGCCAGCGCCUGCAAGUGCAAAGAGUGCAAAUGCACCUCCUGCAAGAAGAGCUGCUGCUCCUGUUGCCCCGUGGGCUGUGCCAAGUGUGCCCAGGGCUGUGUCUGCAAAGAAGCAUCUGAGAAGUGCAGCUGCUGCGCCUGAUGUGGGGAUCCCCUGCCCCCACGUGUAAAUAGAGCCAUUGUACAAACCUUUUUUUAAAGUUUUUCUUUUUCACAUCCCAGACCCAGGCUCCAUUCCUGUUUCUAUAACAUGUAUGGCUGAGAAUAAAAAUGGUUGAUUUGA